GCCUGGCACACUGUGUCGCGUGUCGCGCCUCUUGAGAGGAUCUGCCUGCCUCGACCCCAGUCCUGAGGAGUGGUUUGGGAAAGCAGCCAUGGGUAGUUGAGCUCAGACAGCGAGAGAUCAGAGGACUAUAGCGACAGUGGACUGCCGAGCUCGACAGUGUGUGAUCAGAGGAGGAAUGCAAUAAUGCUGGUGUUUUUUUGCUGCAUGCAAGCAUGCCCAACUGUGGGAUUUUAAGCGGAUGUGCUCAGGCCUGUGCCUGCGCAUGCUUCCGCGCUGAAUGCCCAAUCGCCGCUUGCAGGUGUUGGCUUCGUCUGUGCCCACAAUGUUGGCGCCAUACCUUUCCCCAAUACCCUAACAGUUAGGAUGUGUGAAGACUGUGGACCACUUAUUUAUUUGAUGUAUGUCCUGGAGUCGAAUGAAGGCGAGCACUUCGAUUUUGCGAGCACUGCGUGGGUAGAACAGCAUCUGUUCUGGUCGCUUACAAAUGAGGGUGAAUGCUCAGAAAGGCAAUGUAUUGCCCUGACGUUUCGUGCCAUUAUUAAGGAAUGUAUGGAUUAUGUUUGGCAGUCAUCACUAGGAGUGAUGCUGCUCUGUAUUUUGGCGGAUUGCGUACAAACGCAGUCACGUGCGUAAGGAUGGCAAGCUGUGCAGAGCAAAGUACCAGACCAAAUGUCCGAGAAGGAAAAAUAAUGCCGCGCAAUCAACUGAUGAUUUGCUGCUGGUUGCUUUGUUUUGCCUUUGAUUCAUGGACUGUCACACUCAGCGUUGGCGCAGGUCUGUGACCAUGAAGCUCAUGCAGAUGCUUUAAUAAGAACCGGAACCAGUGCCCAAUAUUCCUGGGGCUGUGAUUUUCUUGAAGCGUGCCGUCCUUUCCACGUCGAUGUGGUGUGGUUUUUAAUUCUAUUCUAGUCUCAAGUAAGGAGUCAUGUUGUCCUUGUCACACAGUGGUGUGUACAUAAGAUGAAUUCUAAAAGGUAGCUGUCUUUGUAUUUGCAGUGCUCUCUUUGUGGGUCAGGUUCCACUGUGAGUGCCACGCCAAAUCUUCUUAGGACAUUUCUUUCGUGCAGAUGCUGAUGGAGUAGCCAUGGCAGAGCUUUAUCUAUUUUAUUUAAGCAUAUGACUUACACGGUAGUGGACAUCAUUUACUUUACAAUCAAAUGAGUCUGCUGAGGCCUAUGAAGGCCAGCAGGAGUCACUCUUGUUUGAUUUUCCUGAAGUAUCUUUGGAGGAAUGAAGCGAGUGUAAAGAAUUCUCACCA